GUACGAGUGGGCGGACAGGACUUUCCUGGCGUUCACGCCUCAUUCUGCCAAGUCAGACUGCACAAAGUGAAGUCAGCAGUCCAAAAACUUACUCCUCUUGAGCGGAGUGACGGGACGACUCCACGCAAUCCUAAAGGCAGCUGUAAGUACAGGCUACUGAACUCGAUGGAUCAUUUAGAGAUCGGUUCAUUUAUUGUAAUGUUGAGAAACACAAAACAGAAGAGCAGCGUGCAAGAAUGAAAAAGAGAUGUGCUGUCUUACACUGGUUAAGAUGCAAGUUCUACGUGUUUGUCGUGUUAUUGUUUGUCGUGCUGAAGCUGGUGUACAUCAAGAUUACAAUGGACAACAGUAUUUACAUCGAACCCUAUGGAGCCACACAUAGAUCACUCAGCGCUCAGCCUCUGAAUGACAUUAACUGCACAGCCAUUUAUGAACUGGAUCCGGUGGAAAUUGGCAAGUCGUUGGAGUUAAGACGCAAAAACAUUGUGGAAGUUGGUGAUGGGAGUAUCAUUUCUUUUACUGCAGACUGCAAAAACUACAUUGAACAAAGGGGCUAUAAUGAGGUCAUCAUAACAGAUGAGGAAUGCAGCUUUCCAAUUGCAUACUCUUUAGUGGUGCACAAGAACAGUGCUAUGGUGGAAAGGAUUCUUCGAGCCAUCUAUACACCCAACAAUAUUUACUGCAUUCAUUAUGACCAAAAGUCUUCAAAAGAUUUUAUUGCAGCAAUAAAGAAUUUGGAGAAAUGCUUUCCAAAUGUCUUCGUAGCCUCUAAAAUUGAGUCCGUUCAGUAUGCACACAUUACAAGACUUAAUGCAGAUCUCAACUGCCUUUCAGACCUGCUGAGUUCAGAGGUCAAAUGGAAAUAUGUUAUCAAUUUGUGUGGCCAAGACUUCCCACUCAAGUCCAAUUAUGAGCUGGUGGCUGAGCUCAAGAAAUUGAACGGUACCAACAUGCUUGAAUCAAGCAGGCCCAGCGAAUUGAAAAAACAGCGAUUUCAGUUUCAGUAUGAAUUGAAAGACGUGUCAUAUGAAUACCAUAAAAUGCCGGUUAAGACAUCCAUUGCUAAAGACCCACCACCGCAUGACAUCGAGAUGUUUGUCGGGAGCGCUUACUUUGUCUUGACACGUGAUUUUGUGUCAUAUAUUAUGACCAAUCAACUGGCAAAGGAUUUUCUGCAGUGGACAGCUGACACAUAUUCUCCUGAUGAGCACUUUUGGGCAACAAUGGCCAGAGUGCCUGGAGUUCCUGGAGAGAUCGGGAGAUCUGAGCCUGAUGUUACAGACCUGAAGAGUAGGACGCGUUUGGUUAAAUGGAACUAUCUUGAAGGCCACUUGUAUCCACAGUGCACCGGCAUGCACAGACGCAGUGUCUGCAUCUAUGGUGCGGCGGAGCUCCGGUGGCUUCUGGAGGAUGGCCACUGGUUUGCAAACAAGUUUGAUACCAAAAUUGACCCUGUCAUUAUUAAAUGUCUUGAAGAGAAACUUGAGGAGAAGCAGCAUCAACAAUGCCUGAGAAGAGUGGCCUUAGGGCCAUGUUUUGGUUGAAAUAUGUAUGUUUGCUGCUGCACUUAUGUUCAUUCUAAGCAAUAGGUUAUUGUAUUUCUGAACCACUUGCAUUUUUAACAUGUUUCCAUCCAUUAUAUUCUAGGUGAGUAUGUUAAUAAGUUUGCCUUUCAGCUUCAUCUUUAUAACCUGACCCAAAAAUGUAUUCAUAGGUGCUUAAACUAUGAAGUAUUUAUAUAUUUUAAUUUAUUUAAAGUAAUCAAUCUUUAAGGAAACUUUUAUAGGGCUUCAGCUGUGAGAACUGUCUUAACUGAGUUUUUCUUUUGUGUCAAAAAAUAAAUAAAAAACUUCAGGUGAAAGAAUAUGCAGUGUAGUGAACUUGUAGCAAUAUUUACCAAUAUUUCUCACUUUACAAGUAUUACAUUUGUAGUUUUGAUGCUGUGUCAUUUUUAAAUUAUUUAUACAAUAACUAGCAAUCUCUACUGUACAUUCAAAAUGGUUUCAAAUAAAGCUAUUUAGCGCUUGUACUUUUUGUAA